AUGACCGCCCUCAUCGCCUCCAUCCCCCAACCUCUCCACCGCCACCUAUCCCCCUCCUCCAGCGCAAAAAUCCGCGUUCUCGACCAACUCCUCGACACCAUGCGCAGCAAAACAGACGAGAAAAUAGUCCUCGUCUCAAACUACACCUCAACCCUCUCCCUCCUCGCAACCCUCCUCACCUCCCUAGGCCUCCCCUACCUCCGCCUCGACGGCAGCACACCAGCCCAGAAACGACAAGGCCUGGUAGACGACUUCAACCGUCUCCCAGCAAGCUCCUGCUUCGCCUUCCUUCUAUCCGCAAAAGCAGGCGGAACGGGUCUCAACCUGAUUGGCGCAAGCCGUCUCAUCCUCUUCGAUGUAGACUGGAACCCGGCAACGGAUAUCCAGGCCAUGGCGCGCAUCCACCGCGACGGCCAGAAACGACCUUGUCGUAUCUACCGUAUUCUGCUUAAGGGCAGUCUCGAGGAGAGGAUCUGGCAGAGACAGGUUACCAAGCUUGGUCUUGCGGAUAGUGUUAUGCAAGAGAAGAGUAGCAGUAACGGUGGGACGCAGUUCUCGGCGGCCGAGCUGAGGGAUUUGUUCAGGCUUGAUGAGGACAGGGCUUGUCAGACUCAUGAGUUGUUGGGUUGUCGCUGUGGUGGACGGGGAGUUCAGGCUGGCUCUGAGGCUUCUUCGUCUGGGGCUGUGACGCCUGCUACUGUCGAUGGUGGGGGUGGAUCUGAGGUUGAUGAUUUAUCGGAUCCGCCUUCUGACCUUGAUGAUUCGGAUGACUCGCUGCCGAAACCUUGUACUCUUGUUAAAGCUUCCGAGGUCGAUAUGGAGAAACAAGAGCAAUCUAUCCGUGACGGCACUUAUCGUGCUAAGAUGGUUGGGAAGGGAAAGAAGGGUACGAAGAAAGAGGGCGAUACUAAGAGUCAAAAAGAUAAGAUGCACCAGUCUUUGGCUCAGUACUCGCACAUUGACCCAACUCUGCUUGCAGCUGAGUCCGAUUCAAAUGUUGGGGUUGGGGUUGAAGAUGAUGAACUUGAAGCUGCCAUUGAUGACGAUGUGCUGGUUUCUAUGCUGAAGGAUGAGUGUAACUUGGUUGGGUAUGUUUUCAAAAAGACUAAUGGGCCGGAAAUAAAGAGUUAG